GUGGUUACAGAGGAGCACACGCUUCGUUUACACGCAGUUUAAACAGGAUGUAGCAACUGACACAGACCACGAGACGAAAAAAAAGCGGGUUAAAUACAGCGAUGUGACAAAAAAACAUCAGUCAGACAGAAAUGACUGCCACAGCGGAGGAGAGGAAGAAGACAAGAGGAGUCCCGAUGAGGCACCUCACAGCCGGCAGGUCUUGACGGCUGCUCCGGCUGACCUGAGACACCCAAGCCCGCCGCAGCAGCGCACGGCUUACAUACCGAAAACAUAACGUAGCAGAAAAACUCCACAUCCCGUCGGUGGACCUUAAAGAUCGACCAUGGCGAGCCAGGGAGACUGCUGUGUGAAGGUUGCGUUGAGGAUUCGUCCUCAGAUGGCCAAGGAGAAGAUAGAAGGAUGCCAUGUGUGCACGCUGGUCACACCUGGAGAACCACAAGUCCUCCUGGGAAAGGACAAGGCCUUCACCUACGAUUUUGUGUUUGAUAUCGACUCAGAGCAGCAGCAUAUCUACCAGACCUGUGUGUACAAGCUCAUUGAGGGCUGCUUCGAGGGCUACAAUGCCACUGUCUUUGCAUAUGGACAGACGGGCUCAGGGAAGACCUAUACCAUGGGGACGGGUUUUGAUGUGGGCCUCAGUGCGCAUGAGCAAGGCAUCAUCCCCCGGGCUGUUCACCAGUUGUUUGAGGGGAUCCAGAACCGGAGGGUAUGCGCCCAGGAGGCUGGCAUGCAUCCGCCUGAGUUUAAAGUCAGCGCCCAGUUCCUGGAGUUGUACAACGAAGAGAUCCUGGACCUGUUUGAUGGAGCCAAAGACCCUGAGAGUCGCAGCAGGAAGUCCAACAUCAAAAUCCAUGAGGAUGGCAGUGGCAGCAUCUACACCACAGGAGUUACUUCCAGGCUGGUGCACUCAGAGGAAGAGCUGUUGGACUGUCUGAAGCUGGGCGCUCUGUCCCGCACCACAGCCAGCACACAGAUGAAUGCCCAAAGCUCUCGUUCUCACGCCAUCUUCACCAUUCAUCUCUGUCAAAUGAGAGUGUGUCAACAGCAGCAAAUGCAUGAGCAGAAUGGAGCGGGGGAGAACGGGGAACUGAAUGGUGUGGACUCAAGACCCAUAACCCAACCAGAGUACGAAACCCUGAUGGCCAAGUUCCACUUUGUGGACCUGGCUGGCUCUGAGAGGCUCAAGCGUACAGGGGCCACAGGAGAGAGGGCCCGAGAGGGCAUCUCUAUCAACUGUGGUCUGUUGGCCCUGGGAAAUGUGAUUAGCGCGUUGGGCGAUCAGACCAAGAAGGGUGGACACGUCCCAUACAGAGACUCCAAACUUACUCGUCUGUUACAAGACUCACUCGGAGGCAACAGCCGCACAGUGAUGAUCGCCUGUGUCAGCCCGUCAGACCGGGACUUCAUGGAAACGCUGAACACACUGAAGUAUGCCAAUCGUGCCCGAAACAUCAAGAACAAAGUGGUGGUGAACCAAGACAAGACCAGUCAGCAGAUCAGCGCCCUCCGUGCUGAAGUAGCCCGACUCCAGAUGGAACUGAUGGAGUACAAGGCAGGGAAGCGUGUUGCAUGUGAGGACGGUUCGGAGGGCUACAGUGACCUGUACCAAGAGAACGCCAUGCUGCAGAGAGAAAGUGACACGCUGCGACUCAGGGUAAAGGCCAUGCAGGAGACUAUUGACCACCUCAACACCCGUGUCACACAUCUUUUGGCGAAUGAGAUCAGCGCUCUGCUCACCAAGUCAAGUGAAGGCAACGAGGAGAUUGGGACUCUUAUUCAGAACUAUAUCCGAGAGAUUGAAGAGCUUAGAACCAAACUUCUUGAGAGUGAGGCCAUAAAUGAAUCACUGCGUCGGCAGGUGGCUCGGAUUUCCUCUCGGUCCCCAUUCCCAGCAUCUAAUCUGAGCCCCGCCCCCGGCCACCCCCCGGGCUCCUCUCCUGUGCCCAUGUCCAUGGAGGCUGAGAUGACAGAUGUGCUGCGCCGUGCCAAGCUGGACAUUGAGAGGCUGAAGAAGAAGGAGAGAAGGCAGAGAAGGAUGAGUCCAGAGUUGGAGAAGGGCUUGAAGAAAAGAGUAAAGCUGCACACCCACGAGAAUGGAGAGAACAGGCGGAGCGGUGAAAACGGACAGAAUGGAGAAAUCGACUCGGAUGACAAUUACACUGAGGAUAUCAUGUCUCCGCUGCAGGAAGAGAGUGGCUGUGAUGAAGAUGAGGGUGAGGACGAAGAAGAGGGCAGGGAAGAGGAGGAUGAUUUUGAAAGUGACGAGAGUCUGGUGGACUCAGAUUCUGACUCAGAUGAGAAAGCCAACUUCCAGGCAGACCUGGCAGACCUGACCUGUGAGAUUGAGAUUAAACAGAGGCUUAUAGAUGAGCUGGAGAACAGCCAGAGGAGGCUGCUGAUGCUGAAGCUACAGUACGAGGAGAAGCUGAUCCUACUGCAAAACAAGAUCAGAGACACACAGCUGGAGCGAGACCGCGUGCUGCAGAACCUCAUGUCCAUGGAAAACUACACGGAGGAGAAGGCCAACAAAAUCAAGCAGGAGUAUGAAAAGCGCCUUAAGGAGAUGAACCGUGACCUGCUCAAAUUGCAAGCAGCGCAAAAGGAGCAUGCACGUCUCCUCAAAAACCAGGGGAGGUACGAACGGGAGCUCAAGAAACUCCAAGCUGAGGUUAACGAGAUGAAGAAAGCAAAGGUGGUGCUAAUGAAGCAGAUGAAGGAGGAGCAGCAGAGGAGGAGGAUGGUGGAGGCGAAGAGGAACCGUGAAAUCGCUCAGCUGAAGAAGGAGCAGCGGCGGCAAGAGUACCAGAUUCGAGCGCUGGAGUCUCAGAAGCGGCAGCAAGAGCUGGUGCUGCGCAGGAAGACCCAGGAGGUGACUGCCCUGCGGCGCCUGGCCAAGCCCAUGUCGGAUCGCGUGGCUGGGAGGGUGGCCCGCUGGAACCAGACUCCCCCGGUUACAGAUUCUGGAGCUGAUUUGUCAGCCAGCACAACAGCAAGCAGCUCUGAACCCGAGACUGCGAGGACUGUAAGCGGGUUGGUGCGGCAGUGGAACAACAAGAACAAUGUGUACGGAUACCUGGGAGAAAGUGAAGGGAGCAUGGAUGGAACACGGGUCAUUGGCAGCAGGAAGAAGUUGCAGCGGAAGCCAGUAGGUCUGGGCAGCCCUGCAGCAACUGGAAGAGCCAACAGUUUCUCCAAAUCUGCCCGUCAGAAGUGGCAAGCCCUCGAGCGUCGCAUCUUAGAUAUAGUCAUGCAGAGAAUGACUAUCUCUAAUGUGGAAGCAGACAUGGAUCGUCUCAUCAAGAAGCGAGAGGAGCUAACUGCCCAGCAGGAAGCACUCUCUCAUAAGAGGGAGGUACUGAUGGCAGAUGGGGAGGGACCAGAGGCUGAGGACCGCCUCCUUCAGGAGAUUAAUGAGGACAUUGAGGUGCUGAAUGCUAAUAUAGACUACAUCAAUGACAGUCUGUCAGACUGCCAGGCCACCAUUGUGCAAAUAGAAGAGACCAAGGAUGAGCUGGACUCAGUGGACACGUCAGUGGUGAUCAGCUCCUGCUCCCUGGCUGAAGCCCGGCACCUGUUGGACCACUUCCUGAAAGCUUCCAUAGACAAGAGUUUGCAGGUGGCUCAGAAGGAGGCUCAGAUCAGGCUGCUUGAGGGCCAGCUGAGGCAGACAGAUGUGAUCGGCUCAUCCCACAAUCACAUAAUCCUGGAUGCACUACGGGAAAAGGCUGAAUACAUCCCUGAACUGCAGGCUCUCAUCCACAACGUCCAGCAGGAAAAUGGCUAUGCCAGCACUGACGAGGAGCCGUCUGAGUUCAGCCAAGCCUCUGACAGCAGUGUACCUCAGAUGAAGGAAUCUAACAGCCAGGAUGAUUUCAAACUGAAGCUGGAGCCUCGUCUGUCGGCCCAGAUGAAGGCAGUGUCAGCCGAGUACCUCGGACCCAUUCUGGACCCAUCAUCAGGCAGCAAACAGCAGCACAUCACCAAGUCUCUGGCAUCACUGACAGACAUCCAGGAGUCUGGUCUGAGUCUCGUUCCAGGGACUCUAGCGCUCAGUUUGGCCCUGCGAGAACCUUACCACAGGGACAGGGCAUCCCGAACCAUCAGCCUGCCUAUUAGGGGACACACUUUUCCCAGGCAGUCUCGGGGCUAUGACACUUCCCCCAUAACAAGAAGGAAGUCUUAUGACCGUGCAUACAGGCCCACCGAUGGCUACACUCCCCCCUCAUCUCCUCCUCUGAGGACCAGGAACGACCGCAACGUCUUCUCAAGGCUGACCAGCAACCAAACCCAAGGUUCUGCUCUGGACAAGUCGGAUGACAGCGACUCCUCGCUCUCCGAGGUGCUCAGGGGAGUGAUCAAUCCCAUCGGGGGUGUGAAAGGUGGCCGGACGGCACCCUUGCAAUGUGUUUCUGUAGCUGAAGGCCACUCGAAGCCAGUUCUGUGUGUGGAUGCUACAGAUGAGCUGCUGUUCACUGGAUCUAAAGAUCGUACCUGUAAGAUGUGGAACCUGGUGACAGGUCAGGAGAUUGCCACCCUCAAAGGCCACCCAAACAAUGUGGUGUCAGUCAAAUACUGCCCGUCCUCUGGUCUGGUCUUCUCUGUCUCUACUUCGUACAUCAAGGUGUGGGACAUCCGUGACUCUGCUAAAUGUAUCUGCACACUCACGUCAUCGGGGCAGGUGGUUUCAGGGGACGCGUGCGCUGGCGCGACCACCCGCACAAUAACCUUUGCUCAGGGCGAGUGUCAGAUCAACCAGAUAGCUCUCAACCCAUCAGGGUCUGUGCUGUAUGCUGCUGCUGGAAACAUUGUUCGCAUGUGGGACCUCAACAGGAUGCAAGCAACGGGGAAGCUGACAGGCCACAUUGGCUCUGUCAUGUGUCUGACAGUGGGACAGUCUCUGCUGGGCAAAGAUCAUGUUAUCACUGGCUCCAAAGACCAUUACGUGAAGGUGUUUGAUGUGGCAGAGGGAACUCUGGGUAAUGUGGGUCCAGCUCAUAAUUUUGAGCCUCCACACUAUGACGGCAUCGAGUGUUUGGCGGUUCAGGGAGACGUGCUGUUCAGCGGGUCGAGAGACAAUGGCAUCAAGAAAUGGGAACUGGGGCAGCAGGAACUCACACAGCAAAUUCCAAACGCUCACAAAGACUGGGUGUGCGCCCUGGCAUAUGUACCUGGUCGGCCCAUGCUGUUGAGCGGCUGUCGGGGCGGCAUGCUGAAGGUGUGGAACGUAGACAACUUCACACCUAUAGGAGAGGUCAGAGGUCACGACAGCCCCAUCAAUGCUAUAUGCAACAACUCGCGACAGAUCUUCACUGCUUCCAGUGACUGCAGGGUGAAGCUGUGGAACUAUGUGCCAGGCUUGACCCCGUGUCUUCCUCGUCGGGUCCUGGCCAUCAAGGGCCGAGCCACCAGCCUCCCAUGAUUGCCCACUUUCUGCUUACCACCCUUCCUCUCCUCUGCGACAAGACGGUAAAGAUCUGGCUGUCAAAGGUGUGGAGGAAGAGGUGAGAAUCAGUGACUGUGGAUCCUUAGUCAGCCAUUUUGCUGCAACUUCAGCUGCUGAUCGGUGACCUGCUCACUUCCAGUGACAAGUUGUGAGAUUAAAAUCAGAGUUUUUCAAGGCAAUCAAGGUGUGGAUUGUGUAGUUAAAAAAAAAAAAAAAAAAAAGAGAUGCCUUUCAGAAUUUUUUUUUUUUUUCUGCCAAUUUUGAAAGUGCCAUUCAGCUGUGGUGCUACUUGGAAAAGAUAAACUUCAUUUGCCGGGUGGUGCAAACACCACGCAUAACCAUUUCUCAUUUGAUUUGAAAACUACCGCCCGCAGCCUGGUUUUAAAUUGAAGUGUCCUUCUGUUGUUUUGCCGAGAUUUCAGACAGUGAGAGAAUGAAUCUGCUCACAUAUCUAUUGGAGCUCUGGUCCUGUGUUAAGGACUGAUUCUCAUGGUUGUGGCUGUCUGGAGUCUGAACACACUGGAUAAUCAUGUUAUGUGUUCAUCAGUGGACUGUUGCUGAUCUUGACUUAGACAUCACUAGUAAAUUACACAAACAACCAUCUCUUGAUAUUUUCCUUUCAAUGUAUGACUGAAUCAUGUUAUUGUUGAAAUUAUUUGAAUUAUUUUUGUUUAUUUAUUUUUUCCCCUACCUCAUUUGUGUCGGACGUUAGCGUGAGGAGGGAGGGAACAUUUUUACGGGUCUCUGUAUACAAACAAUUGGUGCUUUACGUUUGGAAGUUAUUUGUUGCCAACCUCUAUGUGGAUGUGUCCUCUGUGGGCCUCCGACCAUCCGGGUGCUGACAUUGCAGACAGGAUAGCACACGACCAGCAGCACAACUGAUGCGCUGCUGUUACCAGAGGACCUUACUGGAAAAUAUUAUCGUCUCUGAAGUGCUCACUGCAGCUGAAGUAAGAAAACACCUGUGCAGGUGCUGAUGAUUUUAACAGUACAGACAUCACACGGUUGGGAGACAGGUGCUGCACUGUGGCCAAGGUGCCAGACUGUUGUAUCAUCACUCUACAGUAUGGGGCUCAUACUUGCCAUUUAUUCUUCAAGUAGAUGGUGACAGGUGCUCCUGCCAGUUUGCCCUCUACCUGUUUUCAUCUCCACUCUGAUCUUUAAGGAAAACGACAGACUGACCAGCCUUACAAAAGGAAUCCACCUCCUUCUCAGCUACUGAACUUCUCUUGGAAGGCAAUUUAAUUAGUGCUCUGCUCCACCAGCUGCUUUGGAGGCAAGAUUACUUGCAUGAAAGUAGGUCAUAACUGAGAGGUAUUCUCUCUCUCCCCCCUUUUUUUUUGGAAAUCCCAAUUUUCUUCCACCGCUAUUUAGCUGCUACACUUACUGGCAGGGAUCAACUUCCUGUUCCCGUGCACUGACGUACAAAUCUGUUUAUGUGGUAGAUUAUGUGUGUUGGCAACACACACAUGCACAAACGCAUAAAUACAAGAUCUUUGUGGAUGCUUUGGUAAUCCGUCUUGUCUGAUAGGUCUUGGCAUCCCUCACUAUGUUGAUUUAAUGUCUCUUUAAUGAGAAAAUUUCAGCCUUCCACUGACGCACACACCUGCAGGCAAUAGCAAGUCUUAAAAGUCAGCUCAAUUAUCUUUUUGUUGUUUGACACAUCCAAAUACUGAAAAUAGCUUCACAUUACUUCAUGAACACAGGCUUUUUAUUUAACAUUUCAAAACAGCGAGCUGCAUUUUUCCAGCUCCUUUUCGUGCAGAUGUCUUAACGUUUGAUUAAAAACCCAACUCAUGUCUGUUGGAAUCACAGUUCAGUUUUAUUCGGCUCAGCAAUAUCGCUCCCUUUGUUAAAAGAAGUAACAUUUUGCUGAUUUAGUGCACUUUUACUCUUAAAAGACCCAGAGAUGAUCAGUAUGUAGUUGAAUUAAAUGAUUCUUGGAUCAUAAAACAGCUCUUAAAGGGGUUGGAAGUUGAAAAAUACUUUUAAUAGAACCUUUUUGAUUUUUUUUAUAUAAACUGAUGUAAAAAAUGUUCUGCUGCUGUUUCGUGUAUCCAACAUGAGUCUAAAGCUGCUUAAACUCGCCAAAAGUAAUUUUAGGGGUUUUGGUGUUCUGUGGGGAAGUUGGCGAAUAGUUAUGAAUGCAAACACGUUGAUGGGGUUAAUCUGAUGAUACUUUCUUUGGAGUUAUAUUUUGGUAUUAUUAGAAACUCAGGUAAAGAUGAAGGAUGAUUUUAGUCAUAAUUUAGUCAUAACUUGACCCUGUGAAUUCAGCUAGCUUUUUAAAUUGACCAAAUGCCUUGUAAGUGAGGGUUUUUGUUUGUUUUUAACUUUGGAUAAAAAUGGUACUAUCAGUAUUUCAACCCCUUUUAUAAAAUACUCUUUUUCCAUGUUUUUGCUUUUACAUCUUAUUCCCUUUACUUCUUAUCCUUGUACUGUGCUUUUGUGUACAAAAUGUACACAUUUUUGAUUACUUCUUCCUAAUCUGGCCAAAGCUGAAAGCCUUGCAACUCUUAAGAGGAUGUGCACUGAUUUUUGACCAUUAUUACUUGUUUAAAGUAUGUAUAAUAUAUGCUCUCUGUAUAGUAGUUUGUCUAUAAAACUGGAGUGACUGGUACAAAAUGUGGUCCGCAGGGAAAUUAACUUCCAUAACAUCAUGGGUUCUGCACUUUGACCUCAAGUCCACUGGGCCUGUUCUGUAUUUAUAUGUGCCAAUUAACCAAACUGACCCUGCUCACCACCUCAUGUGGAAAUAAUGCAUAGACAGGCUUUGUUAGUUUUUCUGACUCCGCUCUUACUUAUUGUUAGAGAAGAUUAUGUAGUGCUGUAGCUUUAGGCACCCUCUCUUGUGCCCUGCGCUUGUAUAUUUGCUCAAGGAUGAGUAAUGCCGGUAGUGCUGAUCAGUUGAUUGGAUAGCUUGAAAUCUUGCAGUUCACUGAGUGAGUCAUUUGUCUUUGUAUUGUCAAAUUCAAGUAACACCUAAGUAGAUUUGCUCUCAAAAUGUUAAUAGAUGUGGUCAUUUUUUUCUGGAUUCAGUAGCAUUGACAGUCUAUUAAAAACAUUAAGUGUGCUUCACAAAAAUCUGCUUAACAGGAGACGUUACUAUGACCAUGCAGAAGCCAUAAAAUAUUUUCUGGUUUUUGAUCACAGCCUAAUCAGAGCCUCAAGCUCUGAGACUUGUGCUUCAACCUGUGUCAGCACCACUUCGUUACUUGAUGAUGUAAAUAGUUGUUUCAUACCUUUUUUUAAAUGUAACAGAGGAAACGCAGUCGAGGUUUACUGACUUCUUUUUCAGCAGCUGGCCUCACUUUAAUCUCUGCAAGUUAGGAUUAAAAUGCACUUUGGAAAGCAAACGCUGCUGUUAACAGUCUACACUUUGCUGUUUUCCAGAUAUGAAUUAAGCCAUGUUUUAGAGUUAGUUUAAAAAAUUAUUUAUGGUUUUCAAAAGAACUUCAGCCACUGAUACAGAACUGGAAAAAGAAAACAUCUGUUCAGAUCUACAGUAGGGUUAGAAAUCUGUCAUAUUAACAUUUCUGCUGGUAUGUUAUAUAAGGUAAUAGUUCAGAAAAAAAGACUCCUGCCUUUUAAGUCCCCUUUAAUAGUACCUGAAAAUGAGAAUGUUGACCUAAGCAGAGCAGCAUGCAAACUUUUGUAGAUGCUCAGGAGAGUCCGUCUUUAUUUCUCUGGUUGUCUGCUGGUAUUCAAGAGUUUUUAUUAUUAUUACUGACCACAAACAUGUCAUACUACAGUAAAUAGCUACGCAUGAAACUCUCUACUGCACUUGCAAUACAAAUUGAUUUGUACAAACUUGUGGUUUAUCUUAUGCAGUGUACACAAAAAAGGCUAAAUCUCCUGUUUGCUAAAAAAAAAUAAAAAACUUACAUAUGG